CUGGAAGCCGUUACUGUUCCAGCCUCGUAACAGAAGAGCCUUGUCCAUGAGCUUUGGAGAUGGAGGGCGAAGGGAUUGAGAAUAGGGAUGGGAUGGAGGCUGUGGAGCAGAAUGUCAAGAGGCCAGGUAUAGUAACGAAGAAAAUGCUAGUCAUGUCAAGUAUGAUAUGUGGAGGCAUCGCUUUUCUUCUUUGGGCAAUGUUAGGAUUUCCUAGGAAAUUUAAAAAUCCAAGGAUAUUUAAAGACAAUACAUGCUCUGAGGAUGAAACUAUAUGUCCACAAGGCUGGAACCAAAUCAAUAAUAAUUGCUUCUUUCAAGCUGAACAUGAAAAAACUUGGAUAGAUGGCCAAGCAAACUGCAUAGCCUAUCGUGGAUCUCUGGCCGUAUUCAACUCCAAGAAUGAAGUGGAAUCUUUGAUGCCCUAUCUGGGACCUUCUUCAUAUUGGAUUGGACUAACGAAGCCAAAUGCAAGUGCACCCUUGCACCCUGAUGUGGGCAAAUGGAGAUGCAUUCGAUAAUUGGUUUAAUAUUGAAGGAAAUGGAACAUGUGCCUUCAUGUUUAAGAAGGGCAUAAGCAGUGCCAGUUGUGAUGAUGCAAUAAAUUAUAUACGCAGCAGAGAAUCCCUUUGUCCUUAAAGGGUCCCUCAU